CCAGAUUUCGGCGGGUCAAACCGGCGCGAGGAGGCUGCGGCGGACUUUCUGAAAUGGGACACGGCACAGCCUGGAGCUAAAUUAGCCGCGAUGUCCAAUAAGAGUAAGUCCCAGUCGCAGCAGCAGCAGCAGCCGCAGCCGCAGCAUUAUCAGCAGCAACAGCAACAGCAGCAGCAGCAACAUUCUCCGCACGUGAUCAAACCAGUGGACCAACUGCCGCCGCGCUAUCAGCCCCCGCCGCAGCCUACCAGCGGCAUCUUGAAGAAUCAUCUACACUUCACCAACGGAAGUACAUCGGCGCCAGGCUUGGUUCAGACCGGCAGUAAUCAAGGUCCGGGCGCGGCCUUGAACCAUCAUCAGACAACGCAGCCGCGCACGUUGCCGCCUCUCCCGUCGUCUUCGCAGCAUCAUCAGCAGCAGCAGCAUCAAUCGCAGCAGCCAACUCAAUCGCAGCAGCAAUCACAGCAGCAGCCACCAUCGAAGGAUGCGCAGAGCAAGUACUCGCCGAGGAUAGAGCAUCAUCAUCAUCAUCAUCCCCAACCGGGUAACCCGUUGAUCGCUGCCGCGUCGGCGGCAGCGUCUAAGAGUCAACAACAGCCACAGCCUUCUACCUACCUCCAGCCUAAGCUCGGCCAAGGUCAGUACUUGCCACCCAGCAGUCAGUAUCCGGCGGUGAACAACGGCCAGAGUACGCCAGUCAGGCAGAGGAUCAGCGACGACGAAUUUCUGCGACUCGGCCCUGUGGAGAUGCUUAAGUUCGUGCGGAAGACCGAGAGUGACAUCGCUAGGCUCGCCGCCGAGCAGAAUCGCCAGAUACAGAACUUGCUGAAUGAGCUGCGGUUGCUGAAAGAAGCCAACCAAAGACUGAACGACGAUAAUCAGGAAUUGCGCGAUCUUUGCUGCUUUUUGGACGACGAUCGUCAAAAGGGUCGCAAGCUAGCGAGAGAGUGGCAGAGGUUUGGCCGAUACACAGUGAGCGUUAUGCGACAGGAAGUCUCGGCUUACCAGAAUAAGUUACGUCAACUGGAUAAUAAAAAGCAGGAAUUAAUGAAAAACAAACUGAAGCUAAAACACCAGAGAAUAGAUAUAAGCGAAAACGGGGACGGGUCGAGUUCGAGCACGAAGGCCGAGGAGACUGCGCCGCCGAGGCCGAGGCACACUUCCACAUUUAACGACCAAACAAUGCAAUACGUGAGGAGCUUGGAGCAACGGGUGAAGCAAUUAGAAGAAGACAAGAGUGUUCUCCAGGCCAGAGCGCAAGGUUGGGAAGUGCUUCCAUCAGGUGAAGUUUGGGAUAGUCCUGCGAGCCCGAACGACAAUACUCACUUAGGAAGCCGACCGGAGGCCGUAGUGCGUGCUCUCCAAGUUCUCGAGGUUAGAGAACAACUGGAAAGAGAAGAAGGUCAUGAUGGUGAAAAGGCGUUAGUUAGAGAAAUGUGCAAUGUCGUUUGGCGGAAAUUGGAAGAAGGUCCGCAAGCAAGGCAUUAAUGAUUGUGCCGGGAGAAACUAUGGGUGAAUUUUGGAGCGCUGUUAAUAUGUAACAAUAAAUUCUAACAUACACGAUGUAAAGAUAGUAUUAUAGUGGAUAAUACAUUUGCUCUUUAUUGCUGCACUGAACUGCACUAAUUGUAAGACUAAUUGAGAUUUUUUAUCUCGAUUUCGCCAAACUUUAAAUAUAUAUCUAUUUCGUUUUAAGUACAAUAUAAAGUGUAUAUUAGUUCAGCAACAAAGAACAGAUCUGCCUUGG